AUGUCAGCCUCACAAGAUGCCUCAAUGCUUGGAUUGUUUAGGGGACGGCAUCCGGCAGUGUCGCAGCGGAGUAUUUCAUUAGACAAGGAGGCACUUAAGAGGAGCCUUACAACGAUCUGCAAUGAUCUUCAAGGGGCAACUAUACGGGAGGCACCCAAGUUUCUGCAAGAUCUUCGCACGUUCCUUGACAACACGGUGGAACAGAGUUGCAUGUGUGUUCAGGAUUUAUUCGGUCAACAUGUGGCAAACAACAUUCUUUUCGUGGUGAUGAAUAGUGUCCUUCGCCCUGCACUCCAGCAGUAUAACGAGGCGGUAACAAAGCGUCGGCAAAUGGCGGCAUUGGGCCGUGUGAACAUUGCUGAGGACGAGUCAGGAACUAGCGCUUAUUCAGAAAAUAGAGGAAGAAAACUGCGCACCGACUUCGCCCGUCCAUGGCGAGCGCUAAUUGAGACCGUCCAUCAUAACCUGCCUGCGUCGGUAGUUCAACAACAACAACAAACCGCUGCCCAUUCCUCUUCCUCUUCCUUUUCCUCUAUGCUUAUUGGGACGGGCAGCAGCUCCGUGGGUGGUGGGGGCGGUGAUACGCAUUCCAUGUCAUCCGGCUUCGACACGGCAAAACAUCAUCAUGGAGGAGAUGGGAGGGACAAUUUCACAUCUUCAUCCUUCAAAUCGGCACCGCAGCACGUGGCACCAGUUGGAGGUGGUGAGGGUUGGGGAGAGGCAUCGCACCAUAUUUGGGCAGUGCCUCCAAACCACGCAGUAUUGCCACUUCUGUGGAAGAACGCCGUUCCCCUCAACGGAUUUGUGAGUUGCGCGCUCGAGGUUUUACAGUCGGAGGUUUUGGCCCCAGUCUGUGGUCAGGAAUUCGCGCAACUUUUGUUACAUCUGUUUCUCUUUGAUGGGUAUCUAUCAAACCUGCUGCCGAAGCUCAUAGCGAAGUUGACAGUGCGUCUGCUAGACCUUAUUGAUAAAACGGUGUAUGAAGCAAACGGAAGUGAUACUGGUGGAGGAACGGGGACGUGGGUGCGUGGCCGUGGCGCGCCUCCAGCAGGCGGCUGUGGCAACUCAAAAAAAAGCAACCGAGGACCCACUUCUCAUGAGAUGAAUGAUGAUGGGGAUCAAGCUCCUUCUGUGGAGGAGGGAACAACGUAUGCUGCAGUUCUCGUUCAACUCUUUCGGGCGCCGCAUCUUCUUAGCGCAUUUAUGCCCAGCCAGGACACCGCCGUGGCCGUCGAUAAACCGGAAAACAACCGCAAAGUCACAUUACCCUUUGUCAUGCAGCAACUCGUGAACAUCACCAUGCGACGCCACCAGAGACCCACGUGUGCACUGCGGUUGGAGGAACACCUCCUGGUGGCUGUAAACUUACUUAUAAAAAUAGCUCGCGACGACUACCCACUAACCUCAGGUGUGCCGCUGGAUCUCCUGAAACCACUGUGUCACUUCUUUUAUGCCACAACACGAAGGGAUGGCUGGCGAUUGGAGGCCUUAACCCUCUUGACCACGCAGGUGUGUGCAUCCUUUUCGGCAGUAUUAGGCCAAAACGUGCGAGCAGACAUUGAACGAAAUAGGCCGCGUGCUGCACACCACCACGGAAAUGUUCUUGGUAGUAACUCCUGCAGUACCACCGGCAACGCAUCCAAUCACAAGGAAGAAAAAAGCAACGCGCCGUUAUUGCGGUCACAAGCCAAGAGUUCUUCCGCGUCACCACCACCAACAACCUCCCUAAUCUGCUCACCAACAGCAGUACAGGCACCUGCUUCCCCCUUUUCCGCUUCUACUCCCCCGCGGACACUGGUAUUACUGCAUGAAACGGUGUUGCCUUUUAUGCGGCAACUAUUCACGGUGCCACGAAGUGAAUUCAACUUCGUUUCACGUCGUGAAUUAUCACAUUUUCCAUGUAGACCACUUGCAUCGUUGUUUGACUUUGGGGCCAUUGUGCUUUAUUUGGCCUGCAGCACACACGACGCCUAUUUGGCGCUCCUAUUUACUUCCCCUGGAUCACGCAGUGGAGACGGCACCAGCAGGCACAGCGGUGGCGACAGUGGCGGUAAAUCGGGUGAUAGAAGCGAAAGCACCGGUAGCAAUAAGAGCCAUGAUAAUGGAGUUAGUACAGGGAGAAAACGUCCACGUGAAGGAGACGAAGGGAUCGCUGACGUCUCUGAUCAGGUCGGCUUCUCCCACGAUCCACAGCCCGUAUCCACCGUUCACCCGAGUAACGUUAUAUUGCAGUUGUUUCGCUCGCUGUUCUUCCUCGAAAGCGGCCGUGAUGCAGCAGAGACGCCGGUAAGAACGUGCAGGACAUUACAAGGGAGUGUGACAGGUGCUUUGAGUGACUCUAACCUACACCGUUGUGGCUCCGCGAGUUUUGGUCUCGGCGCGGGUGGGCACACGCCUUCAAGUUCCACAAGCAGCGGUGGUCCAAUUGGCGCGCCGGCAGUGCAGAACAAUAUCAAGGACAGUUCACUUUUUAUGCUUCAUCUCCUCGCCCAACCGUGCGCCACGCUUGGUUUUACAGAGCAUCAGUGCACUUAUUUAGUGGAGCAAGGGAUUCUCCCCAUUUUUCCGUACUAUGGCGUACAGUUAGAGUCGCUACUGCUGGCAGUGCUGCAUGCAGUGGGGCCACGAUCCUCCGUUGUUUGCCAGCAGGAACUGUUUCGAUGGCUAAUUCGUCGUUACUUCCCCACUGAAACGGCACAACGAGAGGAAGAGAGUCACCCAAAGGAACAGGUGUACUCUUUGUUGUCACUUUUGCUUGAACGCGGGGUGGUUGGUCAAUGCCCAUUUCUCGUGACGACCGAAGAACGCAUGCGACUGCACUCUGCCGUUCAUUUCAGUGCAAUUACUGCGCGAAUUUAUGCUGUUGUUGGUGGAGGGGCGCUGCCGUCGACACCUUCAACGGGGUUUGGGGGACCGGUAGCAAUGGCGGGGGGAAUAAGUGGAUCAGGGGUGGAAGGUGUAUUACCGCUUAACCAGCCACUUGGAGAAACAUUCUCAGCUGCAAGGCGAACAGGCGUCUCAGCAGCGGGAUCGUCUCUGUUAGGUCCCUCCGCUUCCGCUGCCUUUGCACCCACAAACAACGCCAUCAAAACGGGUAUCCCGGUGUCGUUGUUUAAGUCCAUGAUGCAGUUUCUCUCAGCCUACCAUCAUUAUGGAGCUACGGCAGCUCAAAUAACCGCAUCCCAUCGGGUUUCAAUGAAGAAACGAGUUCGUGACGGGUGCUCUCAGUCGCUACACGGAGACCAACUGAUGGAUUUGCCUACAGCAUCUCUACGGCUCUCGACGGUGCUCUCCUUUGUUGUAGCUGGCAUUUCACACGGUGUUUGUUUCUUUCCGCAUGAUGAUGGUCUCGUGUGGAGACAGGAAACAGACUCCCCUGCCGCUGUUGCGAGAGCGGCCGAAGCGUUUGAAAGUGUGCUGAGUUCAGCGGAGGAUCAUGUGUUGUCCUUAUGCCUUAUUAUCACCGAGAGCACGAUGGGUUGUCAACACUCCCUCGUGGCGACUGCCACAUCGGGCGUUAAGGUUACCACCGCUUCUGAAGCAGGAACGGAUAGCGCAAAUUUUCUAUAUAACAUGGGUGGUGGAAGAAGCGUUGCGUCAUUGCGGCGCAUCAGAGAAAAACUUGGCCACUCGCGCCGUCUUGUUGGCUCAGCUUUUACAACGCCUGAGAAGCAGCUUCCUGCAUCUGUUUGUGAGGCUGCUCGUGGACACUGGCUUCUUCUAUAUGAAUUCUUAUCGCUCUCCAGGGAAGAGGUGUUGCGUGACAUGCAGGGACCUUCAACUACUGGAGUUUGCAGCGGCUAUGACAUUUGUGGGCAAUACCCUGAAGGCACGUCGGAGGGAAGUGUAUUGGAUGUCGGUGGUAGUCGACUACGUCCUGGGGAUACACCAGCCGCUGUAAUGGAAGCCCUUUCUGCUGAAGUUGUUCGUGCUGUAACUGAGAUGGCGUGCAGUGCAAAAAUUGCGACCACGUCUGCUGGGAUCGUUGGCACUGAACCAUCUGCGUACCAACAACAACAAGGCAUGUGUGAAGAAACCGUGGCACUGAUUCACCGCAAGUUGUGCAUCCAUUCCAUUCAGGUUCUUCAUUUUAUUCUGCGCUUAUACCGGCUUGGGAUAUGGCACCUUCCUGAAGGAAAAUGUAGCCGGCAACCGGGGGAGUGCACAGGUGCAGGGGUUGUCGCAAGCGCAAAGUCUGAUGACAACGCCAACCUGACUGGAGGGUGCUCAGACAGACUUAAUAGUGGUGACAAUGGCGACAGUGAGUCGGAAGAUCUUCGUGUGCUUUUGGAUUUUACACCACAGCAGUUAUUUGAACAACCUGCUUCGGUUUUUCAACGUCUUCCCACGGCCCCUGGUCGAAUCUACUACGCUGUAAUGUGGUUGUGUCAUUACCUCACCACCCGUCUGCUUCGCGAUUCGCUCACGCAAGCUCGUGCGGUGCUUCGGGCGCUGCUGCUCCUACUCCAUGAUGUCGGCACAGAGCUUCUUUCACGGUCUCUAGCACUAUGGGAACCGCGCCAAACUAUUCUCAGGUUUGUCGGUGCCACAUGCCGUCGACUGCUUAAUGAAGGCAUAUCCCGACUUGCUUCAUGGAAACAGACGGAAAUAACGACCACAGACAGCACAAUAAUCGUUCAGGCCACCAUGCGACUCAGCUGCAGAGUUCUGGGUGAAUUUCUAACGCUGGUGCGCCACAAGCGUUUGAUGCUGGCCGCCGCUGAACCUUUGGUGGACCCCUCGGACGUAACAGCUGUAAUUGUGGACAUUCUUGUGAAGAAUGAGCUCAUUUUACCUCUUGACAGAAUCUCUGGCCGCAACGACGCUGCUGAAGAGGGAGCAGAUACCCGGGCGAUAUUGAAACCCCACCCAUUCGUGCCCUUCGUUCUGGCGUCCGUUGACUGUUUGGCGUAUCUGCUCCAGUUGCUGCGUGGUUUAUGGGGAGAUAUGAACGCGCGAAAUGCGCUUCUUGCGCUGCUCGAAACUCUCUUCGCCCGCUAUGCCCACUCCAUGUGUGAAAGCAUAUUCGCAACAUUCGGCUACUAUGCGUUGCACACAAAGGGGACUGCAACGGUAGCAGCUCGUUAUGCCAUAGCGCCCGCUCACUCCGCCGAAAGGUGCGAAGGCCAGCAAAAUGAGUAUCGGUUAUCGACUACGGGUGUCGGAGUCGACGAACCGGAGAAAGAGUUACUGUGUGAGGAAGGGCAAAUGCUGAAGCGCUUUGUUGAACGUGUGAGCGACUCUGCGCAGAGCGACAUCCCACCUCUUACUCCCCAACGACAGUGUGCCGUCAUAUCAGCUAUAUAUGGUCUUCUUUUCCUCUGUGACGCUCGAGUUGCAGAAAAGCUCGGUCGGUACAUAUUUUCCUUCUUCUCUCCCGAUGCCCCUUACGCCGUGCGGCAGCACACAGCUCUGCAGGUUCGCUUUCUGUUCAGCCGGUUUAGCGAUCGAGCCGGAGCUGUGAUGCGCGAUAUGAUUGCCAGCGCUCGCGAGGGAAUGAACUCUACGAGCGGUAUGAGCUGUGCGACAAGUCUACGGGCGGUAGCUGAGGCGGCAAGGGCGGUGCCGUUGAUGGAGCCCCGAGUUGUGUGCAAAUUACUGGAAUGUUGGGCCACGCACGGCUUCAUGCAUAAGGAUUUGAUUCUCGAAUGUCUCCAGUUGAUUGGUGAGUACGCCAGACUUAGGGUAGGGGGCGGCGGCGUCGCUGACGAUGUAGGUACUCUGCUAGGAAGUGACGCAGCUGAAUUAGAAUUGGCGAUUGGAGAGGGAAGUAAGAUGAGUGCUCAACAGUUGUGCCACCACCACCGUGAACGGCUUUUAUUUGAUUGGUUGUGGAGCUUCGGUCACCCGCUAGAGGCAUUGCCUAUUACGUGCUUUGGCUUUAGCUCUAUAUCGCAGCUUUGGGCAGCUUUUAUGCCGUUGUUGUUGCCGAUCGUUUUAUUAUGCUGCUCAAGCCGUGGUUCGAAUAGCGUUCAAGCACGCGAAGCUGUGGAGGACGAGGCUGCAGGUGCCGUAUUCAUGCGGCCCAGUAGCCUCCUCUGGCGGUUAGCUAUCUUCCACCAUCGACAACAACAGCGAGAGAAAACUCCAAUUGAGGGGGGAGAGAAGGGUGACGAAGCGGUUGGACAAGAACCUGAUCCUGAGUGCACGCCGCAGUUACUUAUCGAAUGCAUCGUUGCACACUUCCCUGAUGUAGUGGCACGGUUACUCCUGUUUGCCUCCUUAUCCGAGAAGAGUGGAAUGGGUGUCGAAUGGUCACAAUUGACUGGAGCGCGUGUCAGAUGCGGUCACCAAAGCUUUAUGGGGCUGAAAGACACCCGGAAAUGUGUCGAGGAACCCGACGAAGACGCGAAGUUGGAAGAAGCAGGAUGUGCUGCUCGAGUGGCAUUGGAGUGGCUGCGAAGCGCACUUUCCCACCGUUUUGCUUCACUUAUGCGUUAUAAUGCUGAUGGUAUUCUGUGCCGUUUUGUAGAUCUCGUCGGCACCCUCUCACCGUACAUCGAACUUAAGCAGAUUCACUGGGCAGUUAAGUUGCUCUGUGAGUCAAUAGGUGACGUGGCCUCUUCGAACACACAACAGGCGAUGACAGAAAUGCGAGAGCUAUCGCGUGGUUCCCACCCGCCUUCAGCGUUUGAUCACCAAGCAGUGCAUGCAUUCUUCUCAAACGACGGUGGCGACCAUGCAUAUGUGUUACUCCAGCGACUGUACGUCUGUCUCACACAGGACCUAAACCGUGGGGCGCGUCGUCUGCUUCUGGUGCGGAUGUUCAGAGAUAUUGUGGGGGAGUGGUGGAGUCGUGAUUUGCUCCAACAAGUGCCUCACAUGUUGCACACAGUUUUGCGGAUGUGUGGUAAUAUGCUAAUGACAUGCCCGGAUGUACGCCCUGUGGUAUGCGAGGUGCUGCUACAUGUGUGGUCAGUUGUUGUCACUACGCCCGCAACCGCACCCUCGGCAGUUUGUAUCGGAGCUGCAGCAGAUGAAGCGUUCAUCUCCACCAUUAUGUCAUCGUUGACAGAAGAGUCGCGAGUGGUGUCGUCAACAUGGGACGCCAUGAAACGCUCGCGGAGGGCGUCGCAGGGCAGUUGUGCCGAUACACCUGUUGAGUUCAUAAACGUUGAUAAUGAAGAGGAGGAAGUGGCCGUGUCAAAAAGUAUUGGUGUCGAACAACAGCAAGACGAGGUUCGUCAACAGGACCAAGCAGACAUGGCCAACAGCUCCGGGGUUAGCGCAAAGGGGCCGGCACGUCGUGUAGCGCGCGUGCUAUCGCAACUUGAGAACGUCAUUCUCGUCUCUGGAGCACCAGCCUCCUCUUUUUAUGAUGAUGUCGCAUCUGCUGUGGAUCGUGACAGGGAGGCUUUCGUGGCACUCAUUCGCCUGUACAGACUUAACGAACAACAGCGGCUGCGGCUCUCCGGGGCGGGUUCGCAGAGAGUGCCCAACUCCACGGAAAAUGUCACCAUUAAAACAGCCAGCGUUGCCUACAACACGUGUUGUCGAGCAGUGCAACAUUUGCUCACAGUGGUGUGUUCUGAUACCGCUGGACAAUCUGCACAGACCACUGUAGCUGUAGGUGUCUCUCCAGUGGCAGUUGCGGCGCCUGUCACAGUGUUUCAGACAACAAACCGUGAUGCUCAGUUGAGUGCGUUUCAUCUUCUUCGUGCAAUUUGCUGGUGCUUCAUCGAGUCUGGAUGCGAGAGUUGUGUGGAGUCAUUAUUUUCUCCGACAGCAGACAUCCACAGCCUGUUGCAGCAACGCUCACUGGAUGAGGCUCUACAUCACGUCUACCGUCAGCACCUUGAGCAACUCUACCGACUUUCAUUCGAUGCCGAUGCAUGUAAUGCCCACAUUGCAUCCACUACACUUCGUGGGUGGCUCACCAGCAUCAAAAAAGAGGAUGGCAAAAGCAUAAAUGAGGGUGAUCCAUUUAGUGAAGGAGCUACCGUCAAAGUGGAGGCUUUGUCAGAUGCCAACGAUGCGGAUGAGGCACCGGUCAGGUCACGCCGAAAAGUUGGAGGGAGUGCCACACUCAUUAGACGGACACUACAAUUAUUUGAAAAAGACGGAGAGGAACAGCGGCAGACUCGUCAUAACAGGGGGAAUCAACACUUGGAGUGGACGAACUCGUUUGUCAGUCUCGGGGAUUUGGCGGUAUUUUGCCGGGAGCUGAGCAGCAUUCCACGAAACAUCAGCGCAGUUCGUACUGACGGGGCAGUCGAACAACUUAACUCCCUCAGAAGUUCGUUGGUGUGGGACGCACUCCAGCUGCAUGAAGAUGAACCACGUUUUCUGCGUUUGUUUCUCAUAGCAAUCAUUCGCCAAUACAAGCUGCAAGAGCGUUUGGGCACCAUCUCCACGGUGCUGAACUGUAUGUUACUGCCCGUGCAAAUCACCCCAAAGGGCAUCACCGGGGGAAAUAGCAGUCUUACGUGGUUUAUUGAAGGAUUCCUUCCCAUAACGUUGCUUCAUGUUAUACUACUGAAAGAGACCUCAGUACAACGCGAGGAGCGGGCUACGUGGUCCGGUCGACUGGAGGAGUGUCUAUUCAAGCGAGCGCAACAGUUUCCACAUACCACCCGCCUAUUCCUGCGCGCAUUGAAUAUCUGCCGAUCUGUGAUCAUGACAGCAGUUCGAAGCCGCGGUGUACGGUCGGACGCAUCAGAUUACAAUCAACGCGGACAAUUUGCAUUGCCGGAGGGGCGUGGCGCUGCGGAGGUGGCGGGAGGUAUAACAUUCCCGCCGUACGUGCGUAGUGAAUACGGUGAUCCACCGGAGAUAAAUGACAUGAAGGAUUCAUAUUGGCUUUCAGACAUUGACCCACUUACCCUAGCCGCAGCCGCUGCGGCUUGUCAUGAACCUCAUUUGGCUGUUCUAUUCACAGAGCUCAGCGGCGAGUCACUCCUUGGUCGACGAAAGGGAAUUCCGUCCACUGUCCCUGAUAUUUCUGCUGCAUCUACGCGCGGUUUAUCCGCUGAUGCACACAAGCAAAAGGAGACCUCAGUACUCUUCCCGUCUGUUAAUCCUGAUGUGUGCCGACGUGGGGCUUCCGAUGGUCGACCGCGGCAGUUGCGGGCCGAUGUGGCACAGGCGGAGUUAGCCCUACGUCUCUUCAAUUUCCGGUCUGCAGUUCAUGCCAUUCUUGUGGAUGUGAAGGAGGCUCUGCGUCUUCGUGAGGGCAACUAUGACGACCUCCCUGCUUCAGCAAGCGCAAGUUCCAAACCCACUCUAACAAGCGCCAGCGCCGUGGGCGGCACGGGGGCAGCAUCAAGGUUAGCCAUGCCCGCCCAAACGGGUGCCGCAGCUGAAGAACACACAACGCCAUGGGAAGAGGCGUUUCUUCUGCAACACCCCAUGCGUCGAAUUGAGCAGGAGAAGAGCCGAGGUAACUGGCAGGCUGUACUAUGUUUGCUUGACCGCCUGGAGCACCCUGUUUCCAACAACUCGAGCCGUGAUUACCAGACCAGCAUUUUGGAUGCACGUAUUGUGAUUGAGAAGGCGAACGCACUGCUUCAUCUUGGGGAUCCGGGGACCGCCCUGCACCUACUGGCUUCCGCUCUCAAGAGGAAGUUUCACACCUCAUUUUUUGGCGUUGUUACAGGAAGUAAUGAUCAUAUUCAACAACCAGUCCAGGACGCAACUGAGGAAGAAGAAAGACAUGAAAAUGAGUGUAUGCAGUUGCGGGCUGCGUUAGCCGGUGCUCUCUGGCGGAGUGGGCGGUGGGACUUGAGGUUUCUACAAGAAGAUGGCUAUCAGCAACAGCGGAAACUCCAUGAUUUGUUGCUGCCGACCACUGUUACGGUCGACGAAGGCAUUUAUCAUGCCCUACAGUGUGUGAGGCGUGGCGAUCGACAUGACGCCCACCGUUGGUGUGCGCAGGCGCAGCAGCAUCUGCUUCGACAGCUUAAUCCCUCGAACUGGCGGUAUAUAAUGUUGCGGGCGGAAGCUUUGCAGCAAAUUGAGGACUGCGGUAAGCAUGAAAUUCGAGUGGGUUCCGCAAGACCUCCACGAUGGGUUGGCACUUCCCUCGCGCACGUGCGUCUGCCGUAUGACGAACUUCAACUUCUGGACAGCGUGCAACAGCAACUCUGUGUUGUCUGUAAACAACCACAGUGGUGGCUUACGCAUCUGGAAGUAUGCAGUGAGCGAGCACUGUGCUCGAACAAACCGCUUUUGGUUCGGCAAUGGGUUUCGUCCUACGCAGAGCUCUCAACAGUGGUUGAUGGCGGUGUUGGCGGUGGUAGUGUUGAGGCACAUGGCUCGAACGGCCCGGAUUGCAACCUGAAGCCCGUACUGCAGGCCGCCACGAGCUCAUGUGGUUUACCAGCCUCCGUUCUUAUAGCUCUCGUACAUGCCCGUGCGGAGUUUGCUUGCGGCUACCCACAUCGCGCAAUUGCUAUUCUUCAGAACAUUGCAGCACCGUCGCCAGCUUCUCCGCAGGUACGAGCUUCUGGAGAUCCACAGUUUUCGUUCCUUUCUCCUUUUGCUGUGGGUGUGCCUGGACUAUCAUUUCCAAAGAAUCCUUCGCUGAUGCCACCUGUCGUUUUGCAGCUCGUUGCUUGGGUUACCGAGGCUCGACUGGUUCCCCUUUCACAGAUAGUGCGUGAUCCCUUCUUUACUCGAUGCGCCAUUGACGACCGGACUGGAUAUUGCAGCCUGCAACUAGCCAGGUUAUGUCAUACUCUCACACGUGACAUUGCCGAGCGGCUACGCAGUUACAAUUAUCGCACAAUGCAAAAAAGUAUGGAGAGCUUGAUCCACACACGCACCGAGCUGCAGCAAAAACAAGAGCAACUAUCCAAAUCUGGGGUGAGCAGAGAGGAGAAGAAUCUUUUGCGGCGCCGUAUUUCAGGCCUCAUUGCAGAGCAUGCUUGUGAUGAGAGGGAGUUUGUGGAGGAAGCGGAAUCUUACGCUCUGUACAGGCGAAGUGCACUGAAUGGCUACUCGCGGUUCUUGCAACUGAGUGGACAUGAUGGUGAUGAUAAUGACAUCCUCGCGGUGUUUGGUUUUGUGUCACUGUGGUUACAUCAAGAUGAAAGCUAUGUGCGAAAAGACACCUCUCCCGCUACGGACAACGUCAUAUCGAAGGCCAUAAGCAACACGCCUCUGCACAAGUUUCUUCCCCUUUACUCACAGCUGGUGGCGCAACUGGGCACGUCUUUAGAUAAUAAAAACCUUGAAACAUUGGUGCACCGAGUUGCAACGGAGCAGCCACUACGUGCCGUAUGGCCGCUUCUUGCGCUUGCGAAUGGACAUGUGUUUGGCCCAGGUGUGGGAGACACCGGAGGUAAAGGUGCCUCCAGUGGUGGAGUUGUGCAUGUGGUAGAUGAGGAAAAAGUUGCUAUCGCCAGACGUAUUCUAACUUCCCUUAAAGAACCGAGUGCACAACCUUGGGGGAAAAGUAAGAGCACCGGCAGCAGUAAGAAAACAAGUAAUGACGCAGAGGACGCCUCUGCAUUUGAGUGCCGAAGGAAGUUUAUCACUGAUGCAGAGAGCCUUUCCGAAGCCUAUAUACAACUGGCCUUUCACCGCGCAGAUGCUGCUGACAAUGUGGAGUGCAAUAUUCCGAAAACUUUUAUGCUUAUCAGCGACGCGCUGCAAGAUCUUUCUAUCCCGCCUCCCACGCUGACUGUUCCCGCGACUAACUCUGCGCUGUCAGCGUCCCUACUGAGGCACGAGCAAGAUGAGCAACGGGCUCAAGUGCCGCGAGUUAUGAAGUACAAGAGCACUUUCAGAACGCCUGGGGGGAUUAACGUUCCAAAGGUGCUCCGCUGUGUGUUAAGUGAUGGUCGCACAGUCCAGCAGUUGCUUAAAUCUCAGGAUGAUCUUCGUCAAGAUUCUCUAAUUCAGCAAGUGUUUGGCUUAUCAAAUGCCUUGUUUGAGAAGCACCCCUUAACGCGGCAACUCCACAUAUAUACCUACAAUGUUGUACCCCUUGCCCCAACCGUUGGGUUGAUUGAGUGGGUGGAUGGUACCAUACCACUGGACCGUUACUUAAACAGUAGCAGCAGUAAGAACCCUACCGGUGCUCAUGAGCGGUACUUUCCCACUGAAAUCACCUCGAAAGUGUGUCGAGCGCGCCUCAAUGAGGCAAGCAAAACGCAAAAGCACGCUGUGCUACUCUCCCUCUAUGCAGAGUUCAGUCCCGCCCUCCAUUAUUUCUUCCUUGAGCAUUUCUUUACACCGCAGGAGUGGUUGCAGCGGCGGGAAGCGUACACCCGUAGUGUGGCGGCAUCAAGCAUGCUCGGCUACAUACUCGGCCUUGGCGACCGUCAUGCCAACAAUUUACUCCUCCACGUGGGUCGCGCUGAGUUGGUGCACAUUGACCUUGGUUUCGCCUUUGAUCAAGGAAAGUUGUUGCACGUGCCGGAGUUGGUUCCCUUUAGACUAACCCGUAAUAUUGUUGAUGGCUUUGGUGUGCAGGGGACGGAGGGACCGUUCCGCCACCACUGCCAAGCCGCACUUCAACUACUUCGCGGGCAGAAGGAGUUUUUUACCACAAUUCUCGCAGCCUGUGCGCAUGACCCGCUUUCUCGUUGGGCAGUUUCAAUUAUACCCCCGCAACAGCAGCAGCAGCAGCAGCAGAAUGCUCAACAAGAUGAACAGGACAGUAACGGUAGUGGCGCCAACUCAGCACGGCAGCAAGGCGUGGGUGUGCACCGAAAGAAGCCAACAUACGCCGAUGCAGAGCGGGUACUUUCCCGUGUAAUGGAAAAAAUUCAAGGCUACGAAUCUGGCGAAUUGCUCAGCGUGCGCACGCAUGUACAGAAGUUACUCCAAACAGCGCAGAACACGGAACUGUUGGCCCAAAUGUUUCACGGCUGGUCACCUUGGCUGUGA